UGAAAGAACCUUUUCCAAGCGAACAGACUUUACGGGAGGGACGGCUGGUUCUGAUUGACUUCGGGGCUGCGAAAAUAGGAACGUAACUUUUGUAGACUCUUAGCUAAGCUUUAAUGUCGGGAAAUCGUCUCUCAGUUUUCUUUUUACGACUUUUAAAAACGUAAUAUGUAGGCUAUUACCUGAUGAACAUGUACUCUGUUAAAACACUGCAUUGUGUUCUAAUCAGAUUGGCUGCACUUGACUAGUCCCAACGUUGGAAAAGGUGAAGAUACCGGUGGUUCGUGAAAAAUGCAACAGAGAUGUAAAAUUGUUCAAGAAGUUGAAAUGCAUGGAAAACACUGUGGUUUAUCGGAUACUGAGGAUGUACUUCCACCAGGGGAAAUGAGUGGCACGCGAGCUGCCUGAGAAACUGAAUGUGAAUGAUGAUGCGUAACUUAAUAGAGACGACCUCAGUCCGAAAGACCUGUGCGCGCAAAUAGGCCAUAGAGGUUAGCCUAUUCCUGCAGCCUGAAGAGAAAUAUAAUGGCCCUCAGACAUUGGUCGAGGAUGUGCUGCAGGCGGAGGUCAGUUGUGGCCUUUGCCUUCUUCUUCAUCUUGUCCAUUGUGAUGAUCAGUGACCUCCCACCUCUCCCAGAGGAGAACCACAACCUUUCCCAGCGAAGUCUGCGUUCAACUAGGCGGGGCCACCAUUGGGCCCCCUCUGAACCUCUUCAUCCACUGCCUCUGGAUCUACACCAGGGCACCAGGAAAAAACGGCAUGCCAAGGAACCAGCAGAGAGGCAGAAACACCAGCGAGCCAGCAGCAUCCAGCACAGAGGGAGUGGGGUACAUCUUGGGGCAGGGAUGGUUGAGAGCAGAUGGAGUGGGGGCAGUAUCCAGCAAAAGGAGGGUGAAGGUGAGGGAGGAGAUACAGGUAGGGUGCAGAACAGAAGAGGUGCAAUACAGCAUAGAGGAGUGGGUAUUGGAAGCCAGCACAAAGAGGGUAAACAUGGAAGUGGGGUUCAACACCAAGCAGAGGGUGCUCGGAUUAGAGGAAAGCAUAGAGAGGAUGAGGACUUGCACAGAGUCCAGCACAUUAAUGCCGGGGUUCAGCACAACCAUAAGAGACAGGACACUCAUAAAGCUGUCAUGAAGAGUCCAAAGAGCAAUAAUACCACUGGUGUGAGUCAGAGGACCUCUGAGUCCACAUUCCACAGAGAGAAAUGGCCCCACCCGCAGAGAACUGAUACAAGAAGCGGUAGAGACACCAUCAUCCCUAUCCAGCUACCUCCACCCAGACAGCGCUCACAAGGAGCAAACAAAGCAGAGGUGAGGGUCUCCACACAGAACCAUCCUAAAGACCUUGAGUCAUCCAAGCAUGCCAGCUCUCCAGAGAAGCGCAGUGGUGAAGGCCAUGCUGCAAAGGCUGUGAGCCCUCAUCAGGCUGGGAAAGGCAUAGCCCGCAGAGACCCUCGAACACAGGAGAAUCAGGAGGAGAACAUGAAGAGGCAGAGCCCCAGCUUGGUCCGUAUGGAGGGGAACAGGUCCAGCGUGGGGGCUGAGGUGGAGAAGUUAAGCUGGUGUGAGAAGCUGAGUGAGGAGACAUUUACAGACAGGGGGAACAGAAGCAUACGUACCACAGCGCAGCCCCUGCCUUGGCUCUCUGAGGAUGACAUCAGGAAAAUGGAGCUACUGUCCAGCGGCACGGUGGUCAGUAAAGCCAGAGUGCCUUCCCAUGGGCAGGUCCUACAGGUGGGGCUCAGGAACGGGGGCGCCAGCCUCAGCGGUUCAGCUAGCCAACAUGAGAGCCACUGCCAGCAGGGACUCUGUGCCCUGAUCAAGCGUCCGGAUGACUGGUAUGAAGUCUUUGCUUUCCAUCUGGAUCGGGUGCUGGGCCUGAACAGGAGUCUACCUGCAGUGUCGCGCAGUUUCCACAGUGACCUCCUGCCAUACAGGUAUACCAGUGGCUCAGUUCGGCCCGUUGUGUGGUGGGACCCGGACAUCCAGCACCUGGCAGAUGAUGACAAUGAUCAGAACAGCUUCUCUCUCACCUGGCCACAGUACCAGGCCCUGCUGAAGGCCCACUGUGGCAGUAAGGGAGCACCCUCAAAUUCCUCAACCUGCAUAGGUGUUCACCACUCAGAAUGGGGAAGACUGGCAUUGUUUGACUUUCUUCUGCAAGUUAGUGAUCGGCUGGACCGAUAUUGCUGUGGGUUUGAGCCAGACCCCUCUGAGUCCUGUGUGGAGAACCUCCUACAUGUGAAGUGCAGAAGCCCGAAGGACCUGGUGCUUGUGCACAUUCUGAAACUGGGGAUGAAGAGGGAGAGACGGGAUAAUCUUUUCUGCCUCCAAAGCACCCGUGGACAUGCUGGUCAGCCUGUGCGUCUGUCACAGGUGAGGAAGGCUGACCCAUCCAGGCUGGUGUUCAUCGACAACGCCGGCAGGCCCCAGCACCCACAUGACAACCUCAACUUGCGUCUGGUCGAGGGCAUCAAGGAGUUUCCAGAGAAGGCAGUGGCCGUUUUGCAGUCGGGCUGUCUGGAGAGCAUGCUCCUGCGCUCUCUCUACACUGACAGGGAAUUCUGGGAAAGUCGGGGGGGCGUCCUGGGACUUCGACCCCUCAUUCAUGUGCUACAAAAGAGAGGAGAAGUGCUGCUCCGCCACAUUCAAGACAAGAAACUGCGAGUCAGCAGGGACGCCUGACCCUCGAGCCGUAGCACUGGGACCUCCCACUCACAGGGGCAUACACCUCUUCUGUUGGGAGCCUCUCAUCUUUACAAAACCGAGGGACUGCUCAAUAGAAAAAACAGCAGUUUGCUGAUGUGGGUAAAAUGUGAGGUGCAAAUUUUUCAAUUUAAAUUGAUCAGUCUCCCCUUUCAUCCCCAGCUCUUCAUCUAGGAACAGUUUCAUGACUUGGGGAAGAUGCCUCAUUUCAACAGCACAGAGGCUUUGAAAGCCAUCCACUUAAUUAUGUGCUUAAUUGAAUUGGAUUAAACCUUGACCUUGAUAUUGAGACGAUGGAGAUGCGAAGACGUUUAUAAGCAUGCUGAUUUGCAGUCAUGUCCGCAUACCAGAUAGGGAUAAUUGUAUGACACAUGUUUAAGUCUUUUUGUACUUUCUGUAUAUACUGCAUUUUUAUGAUAUUUUUAUCAAGAAUUUUGAGUCUGCAUCACUGCAGGUUGCACAAUGAUUAGUCUGAACAUACAGUGCCCUGCAAAAGUAUGGGAACAGUAUAGUGAAAUUAGUUACCUUUGCUAUAUAUUUCAGGCGUUUGGAUUUGAGAUCAAAAGAUGAGUAUGAGACAAAAGUACAGACAGUCAGCUUAUUUGCAUGCAUAAAUGUUUUACCAUUUAACAGAAACUUGUUUUUAACUGUUAUAUAAGUUAUAUAGUAUAUUGCAGAACUAACAAAUUUCUCUCUAGUGUUCACUUACAUUUGGAGGGCACUGUAGUUUAUGAACUUUUCGGCCAUUUGUCUUUCUUGGGUUUCAGAUUCCUUUGUGCAGUAUAUUUUCCUUGUACAUUUUUGAAAGACUCUGAAUCCCAAAAUAUCUGUUUGAGCACUUGUUGAGAAAUAUGGAUGAUUUUUUUUAUAGGUUAAAUAUAAAAUGACAACAAACAUGCAAAGCAAUUCGAAAAAAUUACUGGAAAUAUAAACAACGCCAUCAUGUCUAUACUUUUUGGAACCCUGUAAGACAGGAAAAAGUACAUGGUGAAGCAAUGUAUCCACCAUUUUAAAUCAGAUUGAAUGCCUUUGCAAAAAUGUAUUGUCUGGAGGGAAAUGAAAAUAAGAAAAUAGGAGUCAAUUAAAUGCACAUUUUAUAAUGUAGAAUUAGAAUUUUCAUACAGCAGACCCAGAGCUAUGUUCAGUCACCCAAUAAAGCCUCACAAAAAGUGAUUGACCAAUAAAGUCCAACAAAGAUAGCUCCGCCUUAACAGAUUCCUCAUGCUGCCAAAUCACACAGCUAACAAUAAGCAAUUUACAUUGAUGUUCUGAAAAGUUUAAUAUUUAAAAAUGACUAUAAAAUAUACACUCACCGGCCACUUAAUUAGGUACACCUUGCUAGUACCAGGUUGGUCUUCUGCUGCUGUAGCCCAUCUGCUUCAAGGUUUGACGUGGUUUUCGUUCAGAGAUGCUUUUCUGCAUACCUUGGUUGUAACGAGUGGUUAUUUGAGUUACUGUUGCCUUUCUAUCAGUCUUUUCUAACCAGUCUGGCCAUUCUCCUCUGACCUCUGCCAUCAACAAGGCAUUUUCGGCCAGAGAACUGCCGCUCACUGGAUAUUUUCUCUUUUUCGGACCAUUCUCUGUAAACCCUAGAGAUGGUUGUGUGUGAAAGUCCCAGUAGAUCAGCAGUUUCUGAAAUACUCAAACCAGCCCGUCUGGCACCAACAACCAUGCCACGUUCAAAGUCACUUAAAUCACCUCUCUUCCCCAUUCUGAUGCUUGGUUUGAACUUCAGCAGAUCGUCUUGUCCAUGUCUACAUGCCUAAAUGCAUUGAGUUGCUGCCACGUGAUUGGCUGAUUAGAUAUUUGCGUUAACGGGUGCAGUUUGCAGCUGAACAGUUGUACCUAAUGAAGUGGCCGGUGAGUGUAUAUAUAUAAAGGUAACCUUCCAUCAGCCUACUUUAGGAUGGAUCAAAUUUCCAUUGUGAUGCACGGUUAUAUUUUUUUAAUUUCCAAAUGUAAUGAUCAAAUGUAAUCAUUGGCUCCACUAACUGAUAAGCCAAACUAAAUCAAAAGCACAUACCUAUUGGAACCACAGAUGGUUGUAUUAGACAAUUCUCCAUGAUACUUUUUUCACAAGCACUUGUAGUAGAAAUCAUAAAAGAUUUCACCAAAGGAAUUUGACUCUUGGCUUGGCUGUAAAUUUUGUGUUUUCUCUGAAAACCGAACAGCUGUUAAACUUAAGAGCUUCCUUUCUACUCUUCUGACUAAAGAGGUGGAUCAUAGGCAGGCUUUAAGCCUCAUUUACUGGUUUCCUGCUGGCACCCCAAGGCCUUCUGUGUUCUGUGAUCAAACUCCAAUUAAAUAUUUGAAAGUUUCAUUAAGAGAUUUUCACACUUUUCACAUCCUUCUCAAAGUAAAUUUCACAGUUUAGCAUUAAUUCAUAAUUUAUAUAAUUACAGUUACUGCUAUGCUAUUUUUCCUGUAAGCAUGCUUAGAUGUUUUAAAGUUCAGAAAAUGGCUAACUCCAUGAUAUAUAAAAUAAUUUAUGCUUGUCAGAAAUCAGAUGUUAUCUUCCAGCCAAACUUAAGAUUCUCAGAUUUAUGUCUUUGAAUUUGUGCUUGAAUUGUUUGGUCACUACAUACUGUAUCUCAUACUGUAGCUCUAACUAACAUUUUAUAGCUGUGUUUCUUGUUUGCAGGUAUCCUAGUCAUCUGGGACUGGGAUACAAGUAAAUUCUAUGAAAGGUUUUAGCAUGCUGAAAACUGACUGACGGCUUAUAGGCACAUGAAAAGCAACUCAUAAGGACCUGCCACUCAAUGUGAUCUAUAAGGUGGUAAGCAAUAGACAGCUUCAGACAUGUAUAUACUAAAUUGCAAAGGAAUGGUAGCGAACAGCUGCUGAAAAACUGCAGUGUUAUAACUGCCGUGUGUGUUCCAGGUGGGAGACUGGAAUCUCCUACCUCCUCACACUGAAGAGGAUGUUAUCAUCUGUCACGUCUUCUUUAUUUUGUUUUCUUCCAUCUCAGUUUUAUGUAAUCUAUGAAUGGACUGUAACUCUUGCAGUGAAAAUGAAUGAUUUGAUAAUGUCAGGACCUGUGUUCUCACGUAUGUUCUUUGCUACAGGGAAUUCUAUACAAACCAAGCUUACGCAAGCCUGUUUACUCCCUGCCAUUGCCUGAUCAGAGAGAGAAAUUAUGGUUUUCUGAGAUUGUGAUUAAUGUUUUGAUGAUGACUGUGCAACAUCAUAUUUUUGUUGAUUUAAAUAAUGGUUUGAGGAUUUAAUUAUGAAGUGGUCUCCUUCCUUUAAUUUUAAGUUUUAUUUUAGCAUUUGGUAUUUCAAUUUUGGCUGAUGUUUUAUAAGGUACAGUACUGUAUUAAAACCAUGUGCAUGAAGAUAGGUUAGUGUUUUUAGUAUUGUGCUGAUAAUUUUAAUACUUCCUGAAUAUUUGUGUCAUAUUGACAAAAUACAUAAACCUAAUUGUAAAUGCAAUGCUUUUGUCUGGAUUUCAACUGUCGUGACCUGGGUUCCGUGACUGAUGCCAUGUUAUAGUUGAUGAGAAGCUUCCCCCAACUAACAAGAGAUUUACAGACACAGCCCAAAAUUUUACAGAUUGCACCUUUCCAGUUUGCAUUAUUUGCUACUCUAAUAAACUCAGAAUAUUCA